AUGCCCUCCAUCUUCACCUGGCUCCGGCGAGUCUACUCGCUGGACACCCUCGACACUCGCUUUACAUCCACCGCAAACACCGACUCGCGACGUCCCAAGGAUGCCCGCGCCAAUGCAAUCGCUCAAGGCGCGUCGCCAUCAUUAUGGCGCACCCCGGAAUUCUUCAUCUACUAUGUCUUCUUCAUUGUCCUAGUCCCAUUGAUGUUCAAAACCGUCUACGAUGCAUCCAAAGACACCACCCCGAUCUACUCGAAAUACUCACAUCUCCUAUCUUCCGGUUGGAUUCCCGGCCGUCUGGUCGACAACUCCGAUACGCAAUAUGCGAGCUUCCGCGAUAACAUCCCCCCUCUCUUCCUACUCCUCAUCGCACACCCAUUACUCCGUCGUGCCUACCAUAAUUACAUGAACCGCUCGAAGGCCGAAACGAAAUCAUCCAGUCAUGCAGUGGCUAGCGCGGGCGAAGCGAGGUUCGAACAACGCAUGCACUUCGACUUUUGGUUCGGACUGGUGUUCAUCACUGCGCUGCAUGGAGUUUCGGCCUUGAAGGUGCUUUCGAUUUUGUAUAUCAACUUCCGGAUUGGCAAGGAUGUGCCUCGCGCUUACGUGCCCGCCGCCACUUGGGGCUUCAACCUUUGCAUUCUCUUUGCCAAUGAACUAUGCGGUGGCUACCCGUUGGAGAGGAUCGUGAAGCUAUUCGUAGGAUCCGGCUCCGCGGUCGAGGAAGGCAGCAGCCUGGUUCAAUGGGCACAGGUUGUCGAUGAUCUGGGAGGACUCAUGCCGCGAUGGGAAGUUCUCUUCAAAGUUACAGUCUUGCGCCUGAUCAGCUUCAACAUGGAUAACUACUGGAGUGUUGACUACCCGGCGGCAAGUCCAAUUGAAAAGAAGCAACUUGACCCUGCAGCUCUGUCUGAUCGUGACCGCGUCAAAAUCCCCGCAGAUCCCGCAGCCUUCACUUUGCGCAAUUACAUUGCCUAUGUGCUCUACUCUCCACUGUACUUAGCUGGCCCCAUCUUGACAUUUAACGACUAUGCAUCCCAGCAGCGACACAAGGCUACAUCAGUCCUCCGUUCCCGCACCGUGAUGUACGGCAUCCGCUUUGGUCUCACUCUACUCUGCAUGGAGCUGAUCCUCCACUACAUUUACGCCGUUGCAAUCUCCAAAUCCAACCCAGAUUGGUCGGUAUUCACACCAGGCCAACUGAGCAUGCUGGCAUUCUUCAAUCUACACAUCAUCUGGCUGAAGCUCCUCAUCCCAUGGCGCUUCUUCCGCCUCUGGGCUCUCGUCGAUGGCAUCGACCCACCCGAGAACAUGGUACGAUGCAUGUCCAACAACUACUCCGCCUUCGCGUUCUGGCGAGCCUGGCACCGCUCCUACAACCGGUGGAUCGUGCGCUACAUCUACGUGCCCCUCGGCGGCGGCGGUGGCGGCCACCAAGCACCCGGAACGCCUAGACCAGCAUCGCCGCCGAAGUCGGGGUUCAUGAGCAAGUUCUUGCAAAUUCGAAACUUCCUGAUGGUGUUCACUUUCGUCGCUUUGUGGCACGAUAUCAAUCUUCGUCUACUGAUGUGGGGUUGGCUCGUUACUCUCUUCGUUCUGCCGGAGGUUCUGGGUGGUAUGAUGUUCCCUGCUCAUCGUUGGCGCUCUCGCCCGACUGCGUAUCGUGUCAUUUGCGGCAUUGGCUCCGUUGGAAACAUUUUCAUGAUGAUGGUUGCAAAUCUGGUUGGAUUUGCACUGGGAUUGGAUGGACUGAAAGAUCUACUUGCAGGCCUCACGGGCUCUUACUCAGGUCUGGCAUACUUGGUUUCGUGCUGUGUGGUGCUCUUCGUCGGCGUUCAGGUUAUGUUCGAAGUGCGUGAGGACGAGCUCCGCAUGGGCAUCAACCUGAAGUGCUGA